CCGAACUUGCCAUGGAAACUCAGAAGAAAGGAGCCAUGUACGUCUACAGGAUGGACACCGGAAACCGAAAGGCGGCCACCGGCAAUCCGACGGUGACCAAAAAGGCGGUGGCAUGGGCCAAUUGGGUGAUGAGGAAAUCAAAAGGUCACCCGGGAAACGACCAGGACGGCAACCGUGUUAAGGAAUCAGCUUUGAUACCAUUUGUUAGGAUCGGACCAACAGGCCGGAGGGGGUUGGAGGGUGGCGGAGAGGCUGCUGAGGGAAGGCGUUCGGUGUCGAUGGGGGAGAUGAAUGUGGCUUCUGUGGCUGCGUUUCUUCGUGCGAAGGUUCUUGUUAGUGACAUGCCAUUGUUGAUGCAGGUGCAGGCGUUGAGAUGUGCAAGGAGAAGCCAUGAUAGUUUGGAGAAGUUCAGUGCUAAACAGUUAGCUUAUAACAUGAAGAAGGAAUUCGACAGAUUGUAUGGGCCGGCCUGGCAUUGCAUUGUGGGCUCAAGUUUCGGCUCAUUUGUGACCCACUCCACUGGUUGUUUCCUUUAUUUUUCAAUGGACAAACUCUACGUUUUACUAUUCAAGACAAAUGUUCAGAGAGCUUCUCAUUGAGUUUGAGUUUUGGAAAUAAAAUUAUAAAAAUAAAAAAACCCUUUUUGGGUUUUAACUUAGACGGAUGUACCAUUUUAUAAUUCAUUAUG